GCUUGGCAAGAGCCUUAGAGAUUUUUUCCCCGCCUGCACACUUCGCCUCAUCGUCUCAACAAGGACCUCAAGUUCCUUGCACGAAAGGCCCAUCAAGUCAAUGUUGUUCAAGGAAUGUCGCGAACGAUCGAGUUGGGGCGAGCUGUCCUAUGCUCACCAAACUCGCAGCUGCAGCUGUGGCUCACGACUUUGAUCACACUCUCACCACAGCACGACUCCACUAACCUUCAUCAACUGAGCAAACGUGUUCUCCUUGACUAUCUCAUCGCUCGGAAUGCCUGGGUUUGCCGUGGAAAUGGUUUGCACAUUAUGAUAGAGCUUACCGUCCAAGGAGAGCCUCUGGGUGGAAACGAAAUGAGAGAAUUGGCUAGAAUGAUUCUCAAUGCCCAGAUUUGGAGUCAACUUAACCUUCGCCCAUCUCUUCCUCUGAAUAACUUCAACGAGGACGCAUUGCUGCCUGACAGCGGGAAGCUACAGAUCAACAUCAGCCACUCUCGGAUAGAGCCCGAGAUGUCGGACAAGAAACCUCACCGGUUAUGCUUAAACGUCCCAUUUGAAGACGCGAAACCCCCACCGAAUGUUUCAGUUCUAACACUCCAAUCUCUCCAGUUCUCGAUGGAAAUAGUUGAGAUGAAAGCUCCGCGAAAUAGUAAAAAGCGUAAGUGCUCACAGCGAAGCAGCCCUAGUCGCAAUUCCAGCUCUCCCGCAAGGAAAAGGCUUUUUGAUAAACAAGAAGUGAGAGCUCCCGAAGGCUCUACUAUACCAUUUGAGCCGGAGGGAGAGAUUCUCACCACCUUGAACCAGCAAAAUGACGGCGAGACCUCAGCUAGGAGUUCUUACCUAUGUAUCAAGAGAAGGAAGGAGAGCGUAUCAGACAGGACAUCCAUAUUGAAUUAUUCUCGGCCCAUUGACCUACGAGAAGUUGGAAAGUUAGUGGACGCCGCUAUGCGUCUAUCGAUCUCAGAGGCCUCCCCUAGGUCGACGACAGGUUUGAAGAUUGUGACCAACUCUUUUGCUGGAACUCUCGCGGAGAUCUCCCCCUCAUUGUGGAGUCCCGGGUACCUUCUAGCAGUUUCACAGAGAGCACACUUUGUACCAAUCGUCAGCCACUCCUUAAAUCGAGCAACUAUGCUGAAAUCCCGAUCGACGUCUCUCCAAGCCAAAGUUGAAACGCUCAGACGGACCUCUUCGACCACCAAAGUUUACCAUAGUUCCACCAGAGUCGACAAUACACAAGACGAAGACGACACUGUGACUAACUUGCUGAAAGCGCGACUUUGGAUCCACAUGCAAAAGAAGUUGUUUGAAACGGGUACGACUGCACCACUGAAGUCUUUCUGUGCGUCUGAUAACAUCCUUCCGGCCGUUCCAAGUUCAGAUGAUCUUCUUGAUGAAAGUCCAGUAUGGAAAGAAAUGGUAGAGCAUGAGGUCCCCAAAUUUCACUACGUUUACGGCGGCACAGAUGAGCUUGACGAAGAGGGAUAUGAGAUCGGCUUUCAUCCAAGUUCCUCUGACAGAAACCACCCGAUGGCUAGCGAAUCGGUACUGUGGGACACGGAAUCCAAACCCGCCAUCGAAAGUGCAGACGACAUGCUACUAGGAUCCACAGCUACUAGGGGGACCACGAAAAUAACGCCAUUCUAGAGAAUUUUCAAGUGAUGUCUAAAAUCGGGGAUCCUUCUCAAAGCGGUCUCGCUAUGGCACUUGCUAGGCCCAAAUAGUGUGGUACAGAUGACGCAUUCAAUGCCGUCUUAAUCCGGGAUGAACCCAUAGAUCACU